UAAAAUCCGAGGGUGCGGCUGGGGAGGUCAGUCCACUUACCGGAGGUGGCUUCCUGAGCCUCAGUCCUGAAAUUUUGGAGCCUGUAUUAACUACAGGACUAGAAGAAUUUAUGAAGGAAAAUAGCUCUGUACAACCAGAGCCUAAGAUUUUUGAAGACAUGGCUGUGUACUUCACAGAGCAGGAACUGGUCAGCUUGACACUUGACCAGAAGGCCGUGUACAAGGAUGUGGUGCUUGAGAACUUCACACAUGUGGCUUUACUAGGGUACCUUGAGAAAGUAAGACAAUAUGUUCAACUGGCCACCAAAGCAGAGUCAUCCAGGGUGAAGGCCUUUCUCUAAGUCAUCUGUGCUGGAAGAUGGAUAGAGGAGGCGAGGUCAGAGCCAUGCCACUGCUGUCAAGUGUGGUGUUUUCUGUAGCCAGGCAUAUUUCCAUCCAAGUAGGUGUAUUAUUGCUCUUAGUUCAUUAAAGUUGUGCAUUUAUAAUGUACAAAGCA